AUGCGCCACGCAGCACAAAAUACGCUACGAAUACCAAAUUUCUUACGUCGAUUGGGAGGCUGUAAUCCGAAAUUGAAAUUGAACCGCCAGUAUUCUGGAAAACGUUGGAAACCUUCGGAGAGUACACAUAAGGAAAACUCAUCUCAACUGCGCAACGUUGCAGAAUCUGUAGACCAUGAACACCAAAGCAGCUCAAUACUUUUACGGCCAAAUUUUGCCCGCACGUCAACACGUCCACUGGUGAAGCGAAGGGAUUCCGACCUCCUACAAACGUUGAGAUCCUUAGUGAACAUGCCAGACGAGCUUGAGAUGGACAACAGUUCCAGGCCUGGCACUCCUAUCUCCACCUCACAAAUUCAUUGCGCCGACCCUGGUGUUGAGAGGAUGUUGCAGCAAUCGCUGAUGGUUUACGAUAUCCCUCCGCAAGUGCGCCGAGAUCGGAUUGCAACACUCAAGCGCGUUCAAGCCAUGCUAUAUAACGCGUAUAAAGUUCGCCCAUAUCGCGUCGAAUUGUUUGGUAGUACGUUGUACGGUGUUUCCACGCCAAACAGCGAUUUGGAUAUGGUUAUUUUGGACCCAAACAGACCCCAAGGGCAAAAAAUCCAGGAAGUUGCUCCUAUAUAUGCCAUACGGAACCUCGCAAAAAACUUUCAAAGGGCAGGUUUCACUCGAGUGGUUGCGAUACCUAAAGCUAAAGUGCCGAUAGUCAAAUUUCACGACCCCUCAACCGGAUUAGACGGUGAUAUCAACGCCAACGACAGACUGGGUCUAUUCAAUUCUCGUAUGAUAAAGCAUUACUGCGAUAUUCAGCCCCUCUUGCGGCCGAUGCUAGCGUUCAUAAAAUCCUGGGCCUCACCUCUCGGUCUCAAUAAACCUGGGAUAGUAGAUGGCCCUCCAACCUUUAGCAGCUAUGCGUUUGCAUUAAUGACGAUAGCCUUCCUUCAGAAUAUCAGGCUACUACCAAAUCUUCAAGACUUCACCAAUACUCCUGUAGACUCGGAACAAGUGUUCAUUCACCAGAAUAAGCCAUGCCACAUUCAAUUCCGCCGUAUCGCUCCUGGCGCUUGGUUGCCUCCUGCGACGCUCACCUUGCAGGAGGCGUUGUACGGAUGGUUCAAGUUUUGGGGUACGGAAUAUCAAUAUUCAGUCAGUCGGGUCGACAUUAGAGCAGGAUAUUACGAUGUCCCCCCGCCGUCAACGACGUCAAGCACCACUCUGAAUCCUGAGGACAAGCUGCGAUCGAAAGGUCUCCAAGUUCGACUAAUAGAUCCAUUUACCCAUGCAAACGUCACAGACCACAUUCCCGCGAAAGCAAUCGAGACAUUCCGCACCGAAUGUCUACAUAUCAUGAACCUCAUACUUCCCCGGUCUGGUACAGAUCCUAUGUCCAUGAGUACUACAACACCAUCUCCAAGCUCCUCCUUUCCCCCUUUAUCUUCACCACCAACACCACCACCCCCAUAUCCAAACACCGUGGACGUCAAGCUCGCACGAUUAAGGAGAUUAACUCGGGAGCCCGCGCCUGAAGUGAGAAUUCGGUCACGCUUUCAGAAGGCCAAGAAAUAUUCGAAAACAUCAAAAGGGAAAAAACAUACACAUCCACAUCCACAGCCGCAGAAAGGCGUCUUCGGGUCGCUAGAGGAUCUUCGACGUAAACUGGAAGGCAACUCUCCAGAAUGUAAAUCUCAGGAUCAACCUCAGGGAGUGUAA